ACCAUUCAGCUGGUGGCAGAGCUGCGAGUGUUCUCGCAAACAGACCUUCCUCAUCCACCGCGCACCUCGCUUUCUUACCCAGCUGGAGGAAAACACUGGCAGACGCGCUGCUGCAGACAGCACUUUUGAAGAUCUGACCUUCCAUAUCAAUGGAAGACACCACCCCUAAAUAACUCCUCCAUCCUUUCUGCAAACUGCCCUCAAUUAGACUUGACGAGCCUUGUUUCCCUUUAACACACCAAGAUGGAAACGGAGGAGAUCAGCUGUGCAGAAUUCCAAGAGAAGGCAGGCCUGAAAAGAAAACUAACAGGCCCACCCAGACUUCUACUGGGCAAAACCAGAUCGCCAGUUCAGGAUGAGAAGUCAGAUGCUCAAGCUUUGAGAAAGCAACGGCGAGACAAAAAUAACGGCACAGCAGAAGAGCACCAAGGCAACAGUGAUGCAGAAUGUGAAUCGCACCAGGUUAUGUGUCAAAGCCCUCAAACUGCCUUCGCUGUAGAAGAACGAGAAACUUGCACAGAUCCCCCAGAAGAGUCUCUGGAAGCAGUGUCAAAGUCAGAAGAGAGGAGGGUCAAAGGACAACAUGGCAAGAGUGGGCUGAGGAGAAGCAGAGCUAAAGCAACAAUUAGAAGGAUGUUCUCCCCGGCCUUGAUGUGUGUUCGAAGGAGAAAGCAAUUAGAUACUAAAUCUGUGGAAGAUGCAGAAGACAGUGCGACAAACAGAGCACACAUCAGCCUUGAAGGCACUAAGGAUACUACACAUGAACUCCUGACCCUUUCAGGUGACUCCUUUAAUGUGACUGAAGGGUGCAAAGCAGGCCUGCUUAAGAAGGAAAGCACAAGAAAAGGAAAAAGAAAGUUCCGUGUUAGAAUGUGGCCCAUUUUCAGGAGACUUUCAGCAACAUCCAGCAGCAAUCAGAAGCAAAAAAAGGGCAGCGCAGGUCAAGAUCAUGACACUUUUAUUGAAAUAACCUCCGAAAGAUCCAACUCUGCAGACGAUCAGCCUGAUUACUGUGCUCCCGAGCCAUCUGGGGAUAAAGCUGUGGCUGAGCAGCUGAAAGGAUCAAGUGAGAUUCACGAGGACAUGGCAAGGAUCCAUGAGGAAAGCUGUCCAGGGAAAGAUCUAGAUCACAAGGAAGAGGGUACAGAUAAAGUUACCCUGAGUGCAGAGUUCUUUGCAGGGUGAUGGCAAGGCCAAGCCACAGUGAUCAUGUCUUGCAGCAGCUCAACAACCAACGAGAGUGGGGCUUCCUGUGUGACUGCUGCAUUGCCAUUGGUGAUAUUUACUUCAGGGCCCACAAGGCUGUGCUGGCAGCCUGCAGCUCCUACUUCAGGAUGAUGUUCAUCCGAGACCAGCAGGGAACAGCACGCCUUGAUCUCAGCAACAUGCAGAUCAGUGCAGAAUGCUUUGACCUCAUCUUGCAGCUAAUGUACCUCGGCCGUAUUAUGGUAGGCCACUUUGAGUUUGAGGAACUGAAGUCCUCCAUGGUUUAUCUGCAGAUGUACUACAUCCCUGAUUCUCUGGAGGAUCUUAGAGACAUCCGAACAUCUAACCUUACUCCCUCCUCUUCAGCCUCCUCCUCGUCAUCUAGUUCGUCAUCCUCAUCCAGCGCAGUGGGAGGCAAAAUGAUGUUUGGCGUACGCAUGUUUGAGCAGCGGAGGCAGAGUCCCCCAGAUAGUGAGCACGUGUCUAAGCUUGCAAAUACAACUACUCGUCAAAACAUUAACAUCUCAACCGUGAGGCCUGUUGAAGAUGUUGUCCUCACGCUUGCUCCAUCACACUCCGAGAAUCUGGUGGAGCAGCCUUGUGACUUGCGAAAGAGGACCUCAGGCCGAAGCUCUACCUUAAAAGAACGGCCCCGGUUUGGCCGCACUUACACAUGUGACGACUGUGGCUUUGUCUUCAGCUGUGAGAAGCUGCUCAUCGAGCAUAUCCUCACAUGUACCAACCGCAAGGCUUACCAGACACCCAGAGCCAGCAAGGCAGCUGACAAUGACUCCAGCAAAGCUGAGAGCUCUGCCUCUGAGGGAGGGGAGGAACACAGAGCAGUUUGCAAGGGUGAAGAAGACUGGCCUGAACACAAGUCAGACCCAGAGUCUGUGAUCAGGUCUGUUGCCACAGGAAUGGACACAGAUCCUGCCUUGUCUAGGAAUAUAACCAUCAAAGUAGAGCAGGAAGAAGACUCUGAUACAGAAAUGGAAAACAUCAAAGUGGUCCAGGUUGGCAACCAUAGUGUAGGGAGCUGCAAGGUACGCCGCAGGACAUUCAAAGCUAAUGUUACAGACCAUGUGAGAUUCGACAGUGAAGAAGAGGCAGGAGUGUCCACCAUGGAUGAUGGUGCUAGUGCGCUGGAGGGCCACAGCAAGGAGACUGGGUCAGAAGAUAAGGUGCACAGGAUCAAAGAGGAAAAGCAGGAUGGGGAGUGCACUCCAUGUGAGCUGUGUGGAGCCUUGUUGACCGAGGAGGACCAGUCUUCUCAUUACAUUUCCAACCACAUGGGACAUAUAUGUGCCUGCGGAAGAUGUGGCCAGGUGCUUAUCAAGGGCAGGCAGCUUCAGGAGCAUGCUGAGCGCUGCGGGGAGCCUCAGUGUGCAGAGACGGACUCACCAGGUGAAGACUCCCCGCUGCCUGAAGAAGGGCAGGCCAUGGAGGAGGGCUUGCUGGAAGGUGCUGACUUGGGCUUCCGUUGUCCCCUCUGUGGCUUAAUUUUUGAAAGUGAAAGCCAGGCUGUGGAGCACACGCUGGCCUGUCCUGAACAGGAGCCCUUCCGACCUGCAAUGAUGGAGGACAGCAGUGAGCCGGACCAUCGUCGCAAGCACUUCUGCGCCAUCUGCGGCAAAGGCUUUUACCAGCGAUGCCACCUGCGGGAGCACUACACGGUGCACACCAAGGAAAAACAGUUCACCUGCCAAACCUGCGGCAAGCAGUUCCUACGAGAGCGUCAGCUUCGGCUGCACACUGACAUGCAUAAAGGUAUGGCUCGCUAUGUGUGUCCCGUCUGUGAUCAGGGCACCUUCCUCAAGCACGAUCAUGUGCGCCACAUGAUCUCCCAUUUGUCAGCCGGAGAGACCAUCUGCCAGGUGUGCUUUCAAAUCUUUCCUAGCGGAGAACACCUGGAAAAGCACAUGGAUGUUCACUUGUACAUCUGCGGUGUGUGCGGGGAGAAAUUCCGCCUCCGCAAAGACAUGCGGAGCCACUACAACAUGAAGCACACCAAAAGACAGUGAGAGAGAAAUAGUGUGUGUGUCAUGUAAAAAUUUUAAAUAAGCCAUUCUAUAUCAAUGUGAGAAGAAAUCUAUGCACUUAGACACCAAAUAAUAACCUGUAAAACUGCACUUUUAACGGUAUGCAUAAUCCAGGUGUUUUGGUCAGCUUUCGUUUGUGGGAUUCAGUGCCUCAAACUUUAGGAAUACUGCCGUUUGUUGAAUCUCAGUUAAGCACUCUACAUGUAAUCUAUGAAAGACAGUAUAUUAUGUUUUACUAAACGAACUAAUCAGAUCAAAAUUUCUACAAUUUACACAUUAGCAAUUUGUCCAUCCUCAUUUCACAUGCCAAGCUUUGCAUACCUGCUUAUCUGAAGUUCUACAGAGCUUUUCUAAUUUGCCAACAUGGAUCUUUUUGGUGCUCUACAUUUUCUGUGACAAAAUGAAAUGUUUUAUUAUCAUUUUGAUUCAUAUUAGCCUUGAAAUAAUACUUUUCAGGUGGAGGUGCUCAAGAAGCCUCAUCUUUGAGGUUGUGAGAAAAAGGCUAUAUAGCAUUACAGGGUAUUGUGAAAGCCCCUUUUUUGCAAAAGAACACUAAAAUACUAUACAAAUCAGUCCUGAAACACUCUUCAGCUGACCCUUCUAACCAGCUAGGUCUUUUUUUGUCAUCAGUCUCAUUCCUAUUAAACGUAAUGUGGAAUUAAUGUAUUAACUAUGCAACUUGAGCUUGGAAUUUUAAAUAAAUUUAUUCUGUCAGAAUUCAACAAGAGCUGAUAAGUGCUGUCAUUAGAUGAUAUCUGCUGUUUUUAUUCUUAUUAUUUAAAGUAUAAUUCAUAUACCACACAAACUCAACGUGUAUAUGUAUGAUUUCAAGCAUUUAAAAUGUUUUAUACUGCUGUGAUAAACUAACAAUGAUGUUGAAAGUUUGACGUUUUCAGUUGGCUGUGUAUAUUAGCAGUGUAAACCUUUUUGAAAGGUUUGAAAUGUCUUUACAAAAUCUUACAUAUUAUAUGUUAAAGUAGAUUUGGUUCUAGCAGUUCACAGUGGGCACAGACAGUCUCAGUAGACUUACUGCAUGGUACACAAUGACACAUCUUUUUUUUUUUUCUUUUAUGUUUAUUUUGAGUCAACUUGUUUGAGGUUACUCAUAUGUUUUGGUGUGGUAUAAGCUGUUUCACAUUUCAUUUCUUCACUAGGCAGUAGUACCCUUGAAGAAAAUCUUGGCUUGAGUUCAAAAUGUUGUAAAAAUGUCAUAUUUUGCCUUGAUGCACAUUAUGAGAUUACAACAUUAAAAAGACUAGCGAUUGGGAAGUCUCUGUUUUUGAUAAAGUGUCCCAUGAAGCAUUUUAGGGGAGUCCCAUGUUGCUAAUGUUCAUAGUGGUCAAAAAGUAGGUGGAUCAAGCUUUUGCCCCAGAGGGCCACCCAUGAAACAAUUAAUCUAUGAUCUAAUAUUCUGAGUAGGAAGCAUUUUUGUGGUUGGACAGACAAUAGAUAGUCCAAAAUGGCAAAUAUUUGUUGUUUCAUGUCUUGAUUUGCAGCAUCUGCCUUUAACUUGGUCAUGAUUUUCCAGUGUAUGUUGGUCAUUCUACAGAAGUCGUUCAAAUGAGGGUUGUAAAAAUGUUAAAAAGUGUCAUCCCCAUAAAAUUCCUUGAAAUUCCGUAUUACAUUUUAACUACUGUUGAUAAGUUCACAGAGCAAGCUUUUAAAAUAUGUAUUUCAGAUUUUUACUUUCAUGUAUCUCUCUACAUUUCUCAAUACCAAAACCUCAAAAACAGCAGUAAAUCCUAGUGUUCUGUUUGUUUAUCAAGCUUUAAACACAUUUCAUUUUUCAGCAUCAAAUUAUGCACCAUACAUAUCAAUUCUGUUUCUUUCUGAAAGUAUAUUUGAUGAACAGUCGUUAUUUUCAGUUAAAUUUAGGAGGAAAAAAAGUUAACUGGCUGUACUUUUGUGCAUAUUUGACUUUGUAAGACAAAAAAAGACUAAAAAAAGACUAAAAAUAAAACGAUAAAUAAUAAAAGACUAAAAGUCACUCCUAAAACCCAUAUCUCAAUGCAGAGGGGACCUUUUGUUUUGGCAGCAACGUGUCUGUUUUCUGUUGUAACUGCUUUGUUUGUGACAAUUCAAGUUAAUUUUGCUUCAGAUAUGUACAUAGCAUUAUAUUUUGUAAGACUAACAAGGUGAUUGUUAGUGACACUUAAAGAAAGCACAUAUUAAAUCCUCUGACUUUGAAACACUUUGAUUUAAAACAAAGAUAAAAUAAAGAUUUAGAUGUUAAACAGCAUCUACUCAGGUAGAAGAGGAAAAUGUUUAAUAUUUCUCAUUGGUUUGCUUGUUUAUGGGUGUAGCCAAACAUUUAAUACAUUGCAGAGAGGUUAUUUGCGAGUGUUUCCGUGGUGAAAUGAAAAUUACAGACAGCAUAUGCUUAUUGCAUUUCCAUUUAAUGUCAGUAAAAAUUGAAAAUGUAUAUUAGGAGAAAAACAUUUAUUUAUAUUCAUAACAUAUGCAUUGUCUUUACCCAUUGUAAAAUGUCUCAGUUGCCUAUUUAUUCAUUUUUACCAUUAGUUUUGAACCACUUCAACAGAAUGACCUAUAGAAGCCAGGUUCACAUGCAUUUUUAUUAUUAUUAUUAUUAUUAUUAUUAUUAUUACACACUGACCACACAAAUGAAUUUUUUUUUUAAUCUGGACAUUACUGACCCAAGUAAUUCCACCCAUUUGUUUGGUAUAACAUACUGCAGAUUCAUUGCAUUUUCCUUUGGUAAAUGUGAACUGUUAAGUUUGGUGGUGGUUUUCUUAACCACGUCUGUUAUUAAAAAUGUAUUUCACUUUCAACUGUGCUGUUCAAAUAAGAAAGAUUUGAGAUAAAGUAAGUUGUAACUCUCA